CGACCGAAAGCUGACGUGCCCACUGAGUCGAGUCAUUUAUCAAGAAAGCACUGCGCAGUAGCGAUCGGAGUGGAAACAGGCACAGCCGCGACCACGUCAGAAACACGGUAAAUCAGCCGGGCCAGUUGUCAGUUGUUUGCGUCGUUCACGUAGCGACGUUCAACGCCUACGUGUUCGUCGCGUUUUGGUCGUCAGGUCAAGCGGAGCAGUUCCAGGUCCCGCAGUGAGCACAACUUAGCGAUGUUCCGAUACCCCCAUAAGUUCAGGGACAAGCGUCCGGAAGCAGGAUGGUCGACCUUCGACAAGUACUCCCUGGAGCAGGAAGUGAAAGAGACCGGCGCUCCGAACGCGCGCAUGAUCAUCAGGGAUGGCACGGCCCCGCUGGUCAUUCGCUCGGUCGAUCCGGGGGCGUCGCUGAGUGACGUCAGCAGCAAGUACAUCGGCCACUCGCUCCAGAAUAUCGCCGGCGAGCCGCUGUGCAGCGCGUUCUUCUCCAACCGCGGCUGCAUCACCGCCUACGUGAAGAGCACGAGGGCCUUCAGGCGCCUCAGAACCAUCACCUCGCUCUCUGGUGUCCCUGUCAAGGCUGAUUUCCCACGCUGGUUCAACAAGAACGCCGGCAAGCUGAAGAAUGUGCCGGACCGGUUCACCGAGAGGAACCUCCUGGACCGCCUCUCCGAGGUGGGAGUGAUAAACGUGCGCCGCCAGAUCUCGCACACUCAACUUCCAGACGGCAGCGUGGAGGCCAAGCCCACAGAUCAAGUCGUGGUGCACUUCGGUCCGGAUCGAGCGAUGCCUGCCCAGGUCAAGCUGGGAUUCACUCUUUACGACGUGCACCCCUACCUGCCCCCGCCGGUGCAGUGCUCCAAGUGCCAGGAGAUGAACCACGUGGCCAAGUCGUGCCCCAACGAGUUCCGCUGCAAGUACUGUGCCGGGCCGCACACCUACCGGCUCUGCACGGUCGACAAACGGAAGCAGCCGCCGCGAUGCGCCAACUGCGGCGGCGGCCACACGGCGACCUACGCGCACUGCCCGACAAAGAUGCGCGAGGUGCUGCGCAUGCGCAAACUGCGGCUCGACGAGCUCCGCAAGCGGAGAGACAAGCUGCGAGAGCUGGACGAAGAACGCGAGGCGGAGGAGAUGGAGAACAGCUCCCAGUACAGCCGAUACUUCUUCUUCGAUUAAAAGCUUCGAAGAGAGAAAAGUAAAAAAGGAAAGGAGAGCCGACUCAAAACGCAGUUGAAAUCGAAGAAAGGUUUUUCUUAGGCCGAUUAGUGCAUUACGCGUUUUGUUGUUUCCACGCCGCCCCCUACCGCUCUGUAGUGUAAGCGGUUUGUUCGUGUUCGUCUCUAUUUCUCUCUAUCUCGCCCUUCCGCUCUCCUUCUCUUUUUAUUCCCCUUCACCCUUCCCCCCGUGUAGGGGUGCCAACCGGAAGUGCCCUCUGGUUAACCUCCCUGCCUUUUAUACAUCCUUUUCUCUCUCUCUCUCUCUCUCUCGUCGUUUCGAAUUCGCUAAUUUCGGGGUCGGCCCACAUUUGGAGACUGUGCGAUCCUCCGUGGUCGGCUCGCAUAUUUCCCUGAACGAAAUCACACUUUUGGUUACCGUUUUCGGCGCGAGAGCAUCUGCGUGUUUUUACUUUGUUUUCUGGGGUCCAUUUUGCGCUAUUACGCAUGAUUUCUACUCCGUUUUUCGCGCUACGCUAACUUCGGGCAUCUUUUCCCUUUCUGUGUUUCAUUUUAGCGCCCUUUUCGCUGUCUCACGUGCACUAAAAGGCCUCAAAUUGCCUUAUUUUGACGAAACUAGUCAAAAAGUGGCAGCACGAUAGGCAUAUAUCCCAAGCGCACCAAAUUGAUUGGAAGUCGCCAAAGAAGACCUUGCCUGAAAGAAAAAGAG